AGAGAGUGAGCUGGCGGUCUGGUGGCCUUGCAUAACACACGUUGGAGAAGCCUCGCACGCAAGACCUGGCGUGGGCUUUUUGCACAGGAAAGGGGGGGCCGGCGGAGGGGGGAGACCUCCUCUGCCAUCAGGCCGAUUGCAGGGGCGACGGAGGGGCAACAGGGUCUUCGCUACUGCACAAAGGACCUCUCCGGGAUUUCAGAGGAGGAAUCGGUGCACAUGUUCUGCAAGCGGUGGCUGUGGAAGAACCGUCAUCAGAUUCCGGCCAACAUUGUGGAAGAAGAAGUGGAUCCAUUAGAGAUGAUUCCACAUGAAGUUUAUGGAGCUCAUUUUAUGAGCUGUCCCUUGUGUGGAUUGAGACCUGGAGCUGUAUGCUAGUGAGCACUAGCAGAGCCAUUGCACCCUGGCAAAGAGAGGACAUAAACACUGAGAGUGAGCGAGAGACAAUAGAAGCGCUAACAAGAGACACUUAAAACCAAUCUGGCACAAUGAAAUCCAAUCAGGAGCGAAGUAAUGGAUGCCUGCCGCCUAAAAAGCGAGAAAUCCUGGCGCUGGAGCACAGGCCGGUGGCAGUGGCGACAUCAACUCCUCCAGUGGUCCAUCAAAAUCCUGCUCCACACACUGAGAACCUAGCAUGGCUGGCAAGUGUAGCCAGUGAACGAUGCAGGUCCAGAGACUCGGAAAGCCCGAGAUGUCCCAUCCCGUCUACUUCGUCCUUUUCCCCUCCCACGAUUCCAACUUCAGCGACGACUCUUUCAGCAGUGCCGCUGGCCUCGCUACCUGCGGUUUAUUCCACAGCCAUUCCUCAGCCCACAGGAACCAUCCAGUUUGCUCAGCUCGGACCGAACGUUCAGUUCAUAAGUUCCGGGCCCUAUGCCGGUUACAUCUCUUCUCAUGUCGUUCCGGCCAACACCAGCCCGAUGGGACAGCGCCCUCACCUGGAUGGGUACACUACUGCCCUGAUCUCGCCUGGCACCAAAGGGGAACAGCAGUUCCAAAUCGGCCUCUCUCCCACAGAGCUUGCUCCCGUCUCCCUUCCAAGUUCUCCACAAGUCACCAGCCAGUACAUCCAUCUCGAUAGCAGAACACCUUUGACCGUCAGUGGCGCCGCCGUCUCGACACCUGGAGCUCACCUCCAGCUCCAGCCUCAUCACGCUGUCCUCCCUCAAACGCUCACUCUCGCACCCUCCCAGCUGGUUGUUCAGUAUGCAGACGGUUGUGGUGGAAAGAAACCGGAGGUGCACGCUAAGGGUGUGCUGAACGGAGAAUUAGAAGUCAUCAAACAGAUGAAAGCUCCCACCCAACCAGCAAAUCAUCAGCAGGUUCAGAGCUAUGAGGCAAGACACAUCCUUGUGCCCGCAGACUAUGGCCAGAACCAAACAGGCCUUCAGACUUCCUUAGUACUUGUGGCCCAGCCUAACCACAGCAAUGAUCAGGAGCAUGGCUCGAACAAGAUUUCCUUAGUUCAGACUGAAAAGGGAGGCAUCUGUUUAGGGAAACCUAUAUCGAGAUCUUCCUCCUACUCCUCCCUCUCGUCAUCAGAGGUGAUGAGGUCUGUCACACCCCAUACAGUCAUUCAGACAACUCUAGCCCCCGAGGAGCUGCCAGCCAGUCUUUAUUCUUCCACACAAGCCCCCAUCAUUGGCUAUAUCACCAGUGGCAACCAGCAUGCGGUCAGCUACCAUGCGGCACUGCCGCAGCACCUGGUCAUUCCAAGUGGUCAGUCCUUGCUUAUUCCAGUCAGCAGUGCAAAUAACGGCACAGAAAUGGAGACCAGCCGCGCUGUCAGUUCGCUGACCGCGACCACGACACCUCAAAUAUCCACCGCCAUGCCUCAUGCCUAUCUUGCCACCGCCCUGUCCAAAUGUGAGUCUUUAGGCAACGACGGAAAUCAAGUUCCUUCCUCGAUCGGCCCGGCUCCUGCUCUCCCAGCCCCAGUCCCUGCAGUCGUAGCGGCUCCUUCCCCAGUCCCGCCUCCAGUUACUCAUCCGGUCAAUGCUCCAGUCCCUGCUUCCAUCCAAGCUUCACCCACCAUGUCCUCUCCCUCCUCCCCUGUGGCUCUCCCGCCUUUCUUUAUGCGAGGCUCAAUCAUCCAACUUGCUGAUGGGGAGCUAAAGCGUGUGGAGGACCUCAAAACAGAGGACUUCAUCCAGAGUGCCGAGAUCAGCAACGAGCUGAAGAUUGACUCCAGCACCGUUGAGCGAAUCGAUAGUGGCCAGAGUCCUAAUGCUGUGGUCAUACAGUUUUCUGUGGGGGAGCUGAAGGCCCAGGUGUGUGUGGAGGUGCUGGUGGAAUACCCUUUUUUUGUAUUCGGACAAGGGUGGUCCUCAUGCUGUCCUGACCGGACCACGCAGCUCUUUGAGCUGUCCUGCGCUAAACUGUGCGUAGGUGAUGUUUGCGUGUCAUUGACUCUACGGGGUCUAAGGAAUGGUUCGCUAACAGACAGCCAGUCUUUGGGGGCUAGGCUGAAAACCACAAGACUGUCUGACCCUAGCAACAACUCAGACGCAGCUGUCAGCAACAGUCCGAGGCCAAACAUUACCGGAAUUAACAGCGGUAUCGUUAUGAAGGCGUCUGGUGCCGGGAGGAUAGCUGGAUCUAUGUCAGGGCGGCAGUUACCAACCGAAAUGCAACUAAAUCCAGGAUCAGCGGAGGGGAUCUGUGGAGGAGAAUCUGUGUUGGCAAUCUCUGCAAGUGCUGGUAAAAGACAGGGAUCAGAGAAAAUAGAUAGGCCCACGCUCUGCAAAAUACAGUCCAGAGAUCCAGACAGAACCACUGUUCGCAAGAGACGAUGGUCGGCUCCGGAGAGGGAACAGACUGAAAGGGUAGACGAGGAGCCUCCGUUGACUCUACUCAAACCCUCCAUCAUCUCGCAGGAGGUGAAAAUCAGCAUAGAGGGCCACUCGAGCAGUGGCAGAGAAAGAUGCUUGAUCAAACUAUAGACUAUGGAGGGAGCUUAUGAGAAAUGUUGUUUGUACUGUGUUUAUCUACUCCGUGUUGACUCUAUUCAGACUACUAUAACUUAGCAGAGUUUAUUUACACAGUAUCACUAUUUUUAUUUCUGCCAUAGGUUCAGACACCUUUUGAGUACAGUGUGUGGUCACGCACACUGCAAUCAGUGCAAUCAAGCUGUAAGCAAAAAUGAGUGCAGUGUGAAUGUUGGGGAAGAUACCUUAAAGUGUGCCAUCGAUCAUGAGCUGGAUCUCCGUUGUCACAUCGUCCACAGGACCAUCGCAUUCUGGACUCAAACGUGAACAAGCACAGAACAUAGAUUCAUGUGUAAAAGGCGAGCCGUCGGGCUUAUUUCUUUAGAUGGCGUGACGUGAUGAGUGGUAGCGCGUUUAGGAGUCAAAGAUCAACCAUUGUGCGAUUUCAUGGUAUUGAUUUGGCAAUAAUCGUUGCAGAGACCUUUGCCACCUCACACAUCUGUUUAUUUUUCAGUCUUUCAUACCAACGGAGCGUAUGUGCUGCCACCCAGUGUGUGUAUGUUUUGUGUGUUUGUCAACAGUAAGGCACUCAAAGUGCACAGGGGUCAGGUAUGAAUGUCCUCAAUACUGACUUAUGAAGUCAGGGAUAUGUUGUUUUGCUGCACCUUCAAUUAGUACAAUGCUCGACAAUUUGAUACAGACGGGUUGGCAAUAUGUGCGUGACAGCAGUCACACUAUCACACAUUCCCGUAGGAGUCUAAAGAAAGCAGACGGCCUCAAGAUCGUUUUUUUUUCCCGGGGCAUUUCUACAAAACCAAUCAAAUUACCACCAAUAUAUUCAUGGCAUCAAUGGACUCUCUGGAAAGAAUAUAGCUUGUAAAUAGGGUGGUACAUACUUCAACCAUUGACACGACUUACAAUUUGGGAGCUCACCUUGGUGUCCGUUAACCCGGUUGGGUAAACCUAGGGUAGAGUGUUGCUUGAGUGUCAUAAAUGGACUCGCAUUGAACUGGCAUUUCUGAAACUGUAUAGAUCUAAACUGCAAUAUGACCAGAAGCUGGCAAGCCAGCAGCAAACAAUUGCCUUAUUACGCAUCCAGCAGACAAGAAGAAACCUCAACCUGCAUUUGGAGGCAAGCAGAAGCCUGAUCAAAUUCACUCUCCCUUUUAGCUGUUUGGGUUUCCUGAGGGAAAUCCAGUUUGUGGCACCACAGCUAGUAAGUGAUCCUCUUGCUCGCUAUCAGCUUCCAACUUCCUUUGCAGGCUGGCUACCCUGGGCAUCUAAUUCCGCAGUUCCACUGCAUAGUAUUUACUCUGAUUUACUUUUCCGACUUCAGCGCUGUUGGUUUUUGGUUCUUGGAAGGGAAGACAUGGACAAUAUCAAGAUAGUCAUGGUGACGUAGCUAUCUGGAAAAACUCUUUGUCGAGGGUGUAGCUAAGGUCUAACAGGGUAGGCUAACUUUAGCAUCCGUUUGUGUGUUCUAUCCAUGUAUUCUUAUAAAUUAUAAUGAUAGAACUAUGAUGAAUUCAGUCAGCAAAUGAGUGACCAGCAGAAUCUCCAUCUCAUGCGUCAAGUAAGUACUAUGCAGUGGAAAUAAGGCAUAAUGCUCUGUGGGCUUAUCAGGUACAGUGGGUCCUGCACAACAAAUAACACACGAUUUAAAAUUGUACUUAAAAACAAAAGAGUACCUCCUCUCAUUUCAUCCCAUUUUUUUUUAUUCAGGUUCUGAAUUGUUAGAUGUUUGGAUAAGUUCAUCUUUGAAAUUCUAGGCCAAAUUCUGAGUUGCUCUACUAACAAAAUGUUCGUAUUCCGACGGCGAACUGUGUCUGUCUCGGAAAAGAGCCGUAUGAGUAAUAAUCGUGGCGAUGCUAAAGCACAAUAUCCUCUGUUAAGCUACUUAGCUGAAAGCUAGAGUGCUCAGUAGAGCCGAUGGAGAUUGAUGAGUCAGGUGAUCAUAUUGUUAGGGACAUAACCUGAUCAGGUUGUCCUGGUUGAAAAACCAGGAUGGGCAGUAGAAUAAAAAACCUUUUUUCCUCAAUGAAGCUCUUGUCUUCAACUACACACCUGCUACAUCAGCGCCACUGCGGCGUCCGUCUUUUUGCUAUUUCAUUUCCUUUUAAGAAUAGAGCCAAAAUUCUACAGUUCAUUCUCAGGAAGGGUAUGUGUGUCUGUACGCAUGUGUGUGUGUGUGUGUGUGUGUGUGUGUGUGUCUGAGACGGAUCACUUGUUUUUUGUGUACGUUCUGAGCAGCAGCACUUUGAUGAAGCAUCCGGUGGGUGUUGGCAAAAGCGAUGGCGGUCAUGUUCCCAAACAACCGGUGAGGAUAAUCAACUGACUGUUUAUCAUCAUGUACGUGUACAAUGAUAGAAUAGUGAGGCCGGGAAUGUAAACACCCAUUGGACAAACUAUCUCACCUUUAUUUUUGAUGAUGGAUAGAGCUACUAUUUAGAGAAAGAAAGUUACUGAAAGCCAGCUAGCGUUGAUUUGUACAGUAUAUUGUAUCUUAGAAUGUGUACGGUGUGUGUAUAGAUAUUCUAAUCCUUAUGUAGCCUACGUACUGUGUGUGCCACGGCGCCCUUUCUUCAAUCAUUCCAUUGAUGCAGCCAUCAAAGUGGUCCUGUUGUUGCUUCAAUUCAUGAACGUGACAUCAUCUUUGAAUUCGGACUUGACCUUGCACAGUGUAAAAUUCAAUAUGUGAUGAUCCCAUUCAUCGUGAUAGCCAUUGUCCUUUUCUAACUCCUGUAGGUGUUUUCUUGUAAUUCUAAAAAAGGAAAAAAAAAAACAGAAAAAAAUCCAACAACUACAAAAACACAAAAAAUGACUGUUCUGCUUGUGUUCUGCUCAGGCUAAAUACUGCCCACUGACUGUUGUACAUCCAAAAUCUCACAUUGUUCACUUCAAUGCAUAAUGCAACUACUCCAAAUUUUCCAUUCUAAGAGAAAUGUUUGGUGGCUAAGCUUGCCAAUAUCGUAUAGUAUACUGUAUUUAUGUUGUGUAUUGUAUGACCCCCACUACCUUGCAGUCUGGUUUACUAAAAAUGCUUUUAAAAACCGCACAAAUUCCAAAAGGAUGUCAUGUUGAGGAACCACACCCUAUUGUUGGAAGCAGCUUAUGUGUUUGAACUAUUUUCAGUUGGAAUUUCUUUCUGCUGACACUAAUCUAAAAUGGCAUCACAGCAUGGAUAAUUUAAUAAAAUGUGGUGUUGACAACAGAAGAAACAGUUGUUGAAAAAAGUUUAGAGGUUGCAUAAUAAAUACAAUGCCAUUCACUCUGAAAAA